GAUGAUGGGUUUCGUUUUUUCGCCAUGGAUAAUCAUCAUUGACGAUUCUUUUUGUUUUUUAUUUUCGAACUAGAACGGCAAAAGCCUAUUUCCCACAAUUCUAUUUGGAGCUGGCAUACUGCUUUUUCUUAUUGUUUUUCAUUAACUAGAAGAAAGUAUUCUUCAAUCUGUUCUUAAAGUCAAGUGGGUCAUUUUCACUUUAACGCAUGCGAUUACGAGUUCUUCUGUGGAUGUUUGUGCUUUGUGUUUGAUCAGUAAGACUUUGAAACUUUACACUGUUUCGAAUCAUGGGUUUCUUGUUGUUCCUCGAAUUGUAGGUUCUGAAUUUUGAAGGUCAAACGUUUAGCCCAAAAUAUCCCAGUUUUCGAUCUCUCUCUCUCUCUCUCUCUCUCUUUUUCCUUGGGAAUUUGCUGGUUUCGUGGAAUCUAGUUCUGAUUCUUAACUCUGGAAUCUGAAUUCUCAUCCCUUUAGUGGUUGAUCGUUUUCAUCGGCUUCUCAGGUUGUGGAGAAUCAUGUUCCAUCUGAAACUGAAUUUUGUUAAGGUUGGUUGUAAUCCAGUAUGUUCGGUGUAAUGCAAUCAGUUGACGAGGACAGUAGGCAAAAAAAUUUGAAGCGUUCAAGGCCACUUUCAAACAACAUGACCGUCACAAACUCUAGUGUUGCUCAGAGUUUGGAUGACUCUUUCCUUUUCCCAGUUGAAGAGAUUGUACAAUAUCCAUUGCCAGGAUAUGUUGCGCCCACUUCAAUAACUUUCAGUCCGGAUGAUAGUUUUGUCACUUACUUAUUUAGUCCUGAUUGUUCUUUGAAUAAGAAGGUUUUUGCUUUCGAUAUCAAAACUCGCAAACAGGAGUUGAUUUUUAGUCCCCCUGAUGGUGGGCUGGAUGAGUGUAAUAUUUCUCCAGAAGAAAAAUUGAGGAGAGAAAGAUUGAGGGAACGCGGUUUAGGAGUAACUCGGUAUGAAUGGGUGAAAACAAGCACCAAAAGGAAAGCAAUUAUGGUGCCUCUGCCUGCUGGGAUUUAUAUUCAGGACUUUUUUGGCUCAACCUCAGAGCUUAAGCUUUCCAGUAAACCCACUUCACCAAUCAUGGAUGCACAUCUCUCACCAGAUGGUUCCAUGCUUGCAUUUGUUAAAGAUGGGGAGUUACAUGUAAUGAAUCUAUCAUAUAAUGAAGUGCGACAGUUGACUGUUGGUGCUAACACGAAGAUUUCGCAUGGACUUGCAGAAUAUAUAGCUGAGGAGGAAAUGGAUCGGAAAAAUGGGUACUGGUGGUCGCUAGACAGCAAGUAUAUUGCAUUUACACAAGUUGAUACUUCAAAGAUCCCUCCAUUUAGAAUCAUGCAUCAAGGUAAAAGCUCGGUUGGUUCCGAUGCACAGGAAGACCAUGCUUAUUCAUUUGCAGGAACUUCCAAUGCUGUAGUUCGUCUCGGUGUUGUCUCUGUUUCUGGAGGCCCGAUUACUUGGAUGGAUCUUCUCUGUGGAGAAACAGAUGAAGAGGAAUAUCUGGCCCGAGUCUGUUGGAUGCACGAAAAUAUUCUCAUUGCUCAGAUUCUGAAUAGGUUACAUACCAAGCUGAAAAUACUCAGGUUUGAUAUUAAGACGGGGGAGAGAAAAGUUUUGCUGGUAGAAGAAGAAGACUCAUGGAUUAACUUACAUGAUUGUUUCACACCACUUGACAAAAGUAUCAGCAAAUAUUCUGGGGGAUUUAUAUGGGCAAGUGAAAAAACUGGAUUUAGACAUCUUUAUCUGCAUGAUGGCCAUGGGACGUGCUUGGGGGCAAUCACUGAAGGCGACUGGAUGGUCGAACAAAUUGCUGGUGUAAACGAGGCAACUGGGCUAGUUUAUUUUACUGGAACUCUUGAUGGGCCUCUUGAAUCUCAUCUUUACUGUGCCAAACUAACUACUGCCGGGAACACACCCUUGGAUCCACCAAUUAGACUGACUAAUGGCAAGGGAAAACAUGUCGUUGUACUCGAUCAUCGCAUGGGAAGUUUUGUCGACAUUCAUGAUUCACUUGAUUCGCCCCCGAGGGUGUUGCUCUGUUCCUUGAAAGAUGGAAGUGUCAUUUUGCCCAUUUAUGAGCAAACACUUGCGAUUCCAAGGAUUGAAAGGCUUCAUCUUGAGCCUCCAGAGAUGGUUGAGGUACAGGCCUGUGAUGGGACAUUGCUUUAUGGAGCUUUAUACAAGCCUAGUGAGACGAUAUUUGGACCCCCGCCAUACAAAACUAUGAUCAUUGUGUAUGGUGGUCCAAGUGUACAACUAGUCUCUGAUUCAUGGAUCAAUACGGUCGACAUGAGAGCUCAGUAUCUGCGUAGCAGAGGAAUCUUAGUGUGGAAGUUAGACAACCGAGGAACCGCUCGACGCGGACUGAAGUUUGAAGCUGCUCUGAAAUACAAUAUCGGCUAUAUUGAUGCAGACGAUCAAUUGGUUGGAGCAAAAUGGCUGAUCAGACAGGGUCUAGCAAGAGCUGGAGAGAUUGGUUUAUAUGGAUGGAGCUAUGGUGGCUUUCUGUCAGCAAUGAGCUUAGCCCGGUAUCCAGAUAUCUUCCGAUGUGCAGUAUCAGGUGCCCCCGUCACUUCUUGGGAUGGCUACGACACUUUCUAUACAGAAAAGUACAUGGGAUUACCAACACGGGAUCCAGAAGUUUAUGAGCGAAGCUCAGUGAUUUAUCAUAUAGAGAAGAUGACUGGGAGUCUGCUGAUUGUUCAUGGGAUGAUUGAUGAGAACGUACACUUCAGGCAUACAGCAAGGCUUGUGAAUGCACUCAUAUCGGCUGGAAAGAAGUAUGAGCUACUGAUAUUCCCGGACGAACGACACAUGCCUCGACAGCAUCGAGAUCGGAUCUACAUGGAAGAGAGAAUCUGGGAAUUCAUUCAGAGGAACUUGUGAGGUAGGGUUGGUUAUUUUUGUUCAUAAUCUUUGUUAUUUAUUAGUGGUUUUGGAAUAAAUGAUGUUUAAUCCCAUGGAACCCCCACAGUUUCUUCCUUUGUCAAAUGUUUUAUAAUAGUUUAGUUUAUUUCUUA